AUGGGGGUGAUACAGUCUAAACAAAGCAUUUUCUUGCAUCAGAAGAAGUAUGGACAGAAGCUGGUUGAAAAAUUUGGUUUGAAAGAUUGCAAAAUAGUGGCUACACCACUUGCAAUGAAUGAGAAGUUAAGUAAGAAUGAUGGAAGUGAGGCUGCAGAUGAAGGAGAAUAUAGACAGAUUGUGGGCAGUUUGCUCUACUUGACUGCAACUAGGCCUGACAUAAUGUUUGCAGCUAGCCUCUUGGCAAGAUUCAUGCACAAUCCCACCAAGAAACACAUGGGAACUGCUAAAAGGGUAUUGAGAUACAUUCAAGGAACAAUAGACUUUGGAAUUGUAUUUGAGAAAGGAAAAGAAACUACUCUUAUUGGCUAUUGUGAUAGUGACUGGGCAGGAAGUGAAGAUGACAUGAGGAGUACCUCAGGGUAUGCUUUUACUAUGGGAUCGGGAGUGUUUUCGUGGGCUUCAAUUAAGCAAAAUACAGUUGCUUUGUCUACAGCAGAGGCAGAAUAUAUAAGUGCUGCAGAGGCUACUUCUCAAACAAAGUGGCUGAGAUUUGUACUUGAAGAUUUUGGAGAAGAACAGAUUGAAGGAACACAGAUAAUGUGUGAUAACACAUCAGCAAUUGCUAUGGCAAAGAACCCUGUUUUCCACCAGAAGUCAAGGCACAUUAACAGAAAGUUUCAUUUCAUUCGAGAAGCAAUUCAAGCCAAGGAGAUAGAACUUGUCUACUGCAGAACUGAGGAGCAAAUUGCAGAUAUUUGA